CGAGCCUCCCAGCGCAGACGGGCAGUUUCAUUUAACCGAUAAUCAAGUCGCGAAUUCGAAGUCAUGCCGCUCACCCACGCCUCCUUUGCAGCCAUCGCCCUGGCGCUCUGCUGCCUCAGUUUCGUGCAGGCCCUGCCACAACGUGGACUGCCCCCGCCACGCGGCAACUCCUUCGAUGCCAAUGCAGUGAUACUGAAGCAGAACUUUGACCUCAAUCCCGAUGGCUCCUACCAGUACAACUACGAAACAAGCAAUGGAAUUCGCGCUGAUGAGGCUGGUUACCUGAAGAACCCGGGUACUCAGGUGGAAGCUCAGGUGAUGCAAGGCUCGUACUCGUACACCGGACCCGAUGGCGUCGUCUACACCAUCACCUACAUUGCUGAUGAGAAUGGAUACCGCGCCGAAGGAGCCCACAUACCCACACCCCCACCUGUCCGCGCUGCCGGCGCUCCUGGACGCUUCUUCAAAUAAUCAUGGACUUUCCACAUCCCACAUCUGUUCUAAAUCUUCAUCAAGUUGGCAAUCGUAUUGUUGUGGGCCCAGAUAGUGGGUCUGGCCCGCGAAAAGUGAACCAGAGGCAGAAUGUUGAGAAAGGAGCAGCUGCUCGUGAGAGGUCAUCCAUUUCAUCGUUUCCCCCACCGUUUUCAUUGCACUUUCGCGACCCCAAUCCUUCCCAAGGCUCUUUACCCAAAAGCUCUGUGCUUCAUCUGUGCAUUUUAUAAAAAAACAAAACAAUCUACAUUCUAAAAUCUAAAAUCUACUUAGUGCUUAACGAACUGUAUGUGAGAUUCAUAAACAUUUGUAAAAUAUGUAAAUUCGAUUGUUAAAAGUCGUACGACGGUAACGCAAGCUCAGCAAUAAAACAAAUAUUGCACAAA